AUACAGAAGAAACGAACGACGCACCAAAACUACGAAAACACAGACUCCAUUCCUAACAUCAUCAACAACAAAAUGACAUCCAGGGGGCUUCUCAUCGCCAUUGACCGUGGUGGCACAUUCACAGAUGCCUGGGCUCAAAUGCCUGGCCGUGAGGAACAUGUAAUUCGCAAAGUACUUUCUGAAUCACCCGACAAAUAUAGCGACGCACCGACCGAAUGUAUUCGACAGAUCCUGGAAAUCGCAACGGGUACCACCAUCCCCCGUGGGAUACCACUAGAUCUAGAAUGUGUCGAAUCAAUUCGCAUGGGUACCCCAGUUGCCACCAACGCACUCCUAGAGAGGAAAGGCGAACGCGUGGCAUUCAUCACCACUAAGGGCUUCAAGGAAGCUCUUAAAAUUGGCAACCAGGCUCGCCCAGAUUUAUUCGAUCUUACAGUAAAACGCCUCGACAAAUUAUAUGAAACCGUUGUCGAGGUUGAUGAGCGUGUGACUAUUGAGGGCUGGGGCGAAAAUCCAGAACCCACGACGAUUGAUAUUAGUUCCGAUGUGGACCUGCGGGAAGGCAUCACAGGAGAGGCAGUGCGGAUUCUCAAAAGCCCAAAUCUCGAUGCUGUCCGCAUCGAUCUCAAACGGCUUUGGGACCAGGGGUUCCGCGAUGUUGCCGUUGCUCUCAUGCAUUCAUACAUGUUUCCCGAUCAUGAACUUGCUGUCGCAGAUCUUGCCAAGGGGAUGGGCUUCAAUGUCGCUGUCUCCUCCAAACUUUCUUCCAUGGCAAAGCUCAUUCCUCGAAGUCAGUCAGCUGUGGCUGAUGCUUACCUAACUCCUGUCACAACACGUUAUCUCGAGAGCUUUAGGAAGGGCUUCAAGGGUCUGCUUGAAGACGAGAAUGGCAAGAAGCUCUUUCUCAAUCAGUCAGACGGCGGCCUGACUAACUUCAAAAAGUUUGCUGGUUUGCGCGGUGUACUUAGUGGUCCUGCUGGUGGUGUCGUCGGUGUCUCAAGAACUUGCUAUGACCCUAGUGACGCAACACCAUUGCUAGGAUUUGAUAUGGGUGGUACCAGUACAGACGUGGCUCGGUACUCAGGCGAGCUCGAACAUGUGUUUGAGAGCACUCUCGCGGAAAUAUCUAUCCAAACACCCCAGCUUGAUAUCAACACCGUCGCUGCAGGUGGUGGCUCCAUCUUGUCUUGGGAGAAUGGCCUAUUCAAGGUCGGCCCAGAAAGCGCUGGCGCCAACCCUGGGCCUGCUUGUUAUGGAAAGGGCGGACCUUUGACUGUGACAGAUGCCAACCUUUUCCUCGGCCGCAUUAUCAAGGAAUCAUUCCCAAAGCCUCUCGACACUGAUGCUGUCACGAAGAUGUUCCUAGAAAUAACGGCUACCAUCAACUCGGAGAAAGAUGGCAGCUCUUUCUUAACACCGGAGGAGGUGGCUUGUGGCUUUUUGUCUAUCGCCAAUGCAACAAUGACACGGCCAAUCCGCACGCUCAGCGAGGGACGCGGAUACGAGACUGCAAAUCACAACUUGGCUUGCUUCGGUGGUGCUGGUGGCCAACACGCUGUUUUCGUCGCCCGGGAUCUCGGCAUUCGUCGCGCCAUUAUCCCACGCUACUCUAGUAUUCUCUCUGCAUAUGGAAUGGCUCUUGCUGAUGUGACUGUUGAGAAUCAGGAGCCAGAAUCCCUGAUUUUCCACCCCGAUAUUGUGCCAAGGGUAGAGUCUCGCUUCAAAAGGCUUCGCGCGCAAGGCGAGCAAGGCCUAGCUGCCCAAGGUUUUGAUAUAUCAUCAAUCGAGCAUGAAAUGUAUUUGAACAUGCGAUACCGUGGAAGUGACACCAUGUUGAUGAUCCGACAGCCGGAGAACCUUGCAGAGUUUGGAAACGCAUUCACUCGCCGUCACGAGCAAGAGUUUGGGUUCUCCCAGCCGCGCGAUAUCCUAGUCGAUGACGUGCGUGUUCGCAGUGUUGGCAAGGCUAAAGACGUCCAGACUUCGAGCCCAUUCGAAGAGCUUAAGAAGCUCGAGCUAUCAUCCGCUCCUGAAUUUACGGAGCAGUCCAUUUCAAAGGUCUAUUUCGAAAAUGAGGGAUGGCUCGACAUUCCCGUUUACGAUCUGACUCACCUACCCGCCGGGGCUCGGAUCAGUGGCCCGGCCAUGAUCAUCGACAAGACCCAAACAAUUGUGGUCGACAGCAACAGCAAGGCUUUCAAGCUCCCCGAGCACAUCAUCCUCGAGAUCACUGACAGCGAGCGCAAGGCCGCCAGUACUGACGCCAUUGACCCCAUUCUCCUGAGUGUCUUCAGCCAUCGCCUCAUGAGUGUGGCCGAGCAAAUGGGCAAUGCGAUGCAAAAAACAUCCAUCUCAGUCAAUAUCAAGGAGCGACUUGACUACUCCUGUGCAGUCUUCAGCGCCAGUGGUGGCCUUGUCGCUAACGCACCUCAUAUCCCCGGACACCUCGGAUCCAUGGCUUCGGCAAUUGCAUACCAAGCCAAUCGCUACAAGAAGGGAGAGCUCAAGCCUGGUGAUGUGAUUCUGAGUAACCACCCUAUCGCAGGUGGAACUCAUCUUCCAGAUAUUACCUGUAUUACGCCAGUUUUUGACAACGACGAAAAUCCGACAAAGAUUCUGUUCUAUGUCGGCAACCGCGGCCACCAUGCCGACAUUGGCGGUAUCAUUCCCGGGUCUAUGCCACCCAACUCAACUGAGUUAUGGCAAGAGGGUGCCUCAUUUGAGUCUUUUAAGAUGAUCAAAGAGGGUGUUUUUGAUGAGGAAGGCCUGAUCGAUAUCUUGUAUCACGAGCCCGCUAAAUAUCCGGGAUGCAGUGGCACUCGUACACUGAAGGACAACAUUGCCGACUUGAAGGCCGCUGUAGCAUCCAAUCAGAGGGGUAUUCAACUCAUUCGAGCACUUGUUAAUGAGUAUACUUGGCCUGUGGUCGAAUUUUACAUGAAUGCGAUUCAAGAGAACGCUGCCCAGUCCGUGCGGGAGUUGCUCAAGGUCUUCUCGGACCGUUUUGAGGGUGCAGAUCUUGAGGCCAUUGACUACACAGACGACGGUACUCCGCUAGUGCUGCGAAUCGCCAUUGAUUCGGAAACGGGAGAGGCAAUUUUCGAUUUCACAGGUACCGGUCCCGAACACCAUGGUAAUCUCAACUGCCCGCCCGCUUGCAUAAUCAAUCCCCCAGUACUGCCUCCUUGCAUGAUCUCCUCCGACAUACCUCUCAAUCAAGGCUGCCUGCAGCCCAUCAAAAUCGUCUGCCCCAAGGGCACUCUCCUAACACCAUCCUUCACAGCGGCAACCGUUGGAUCAACAGGCGAGACAACAAACCGCGUCAUCGACCUAAUCUUCAAGGCAUUCCACACAGCUGCUGCAUCACAGGGUACAUGUAAUAACCUAACCUUCGGCUACGGAGGAAAAGAUCCCGUCACCGGCGAGGUCGUAAAGGGCUUCGGCUACUACGAGACGAUUGCCGGCGGCGCAGGUGCAGGUGCGGACUGGGAAGGCGAGAGUGGCGUCCACACCGGCGUGACAAACACACGAAUCGGCGACCCUGAGAUCUUCGAGAGACAGUAUCCCGUCAUUCUUCGCGAGUUUUCUAUUCGCAAGGGCAGUGGUGGAGCCGGUCUGCACCGCGGAGGUGAUGGCUGCGUUCGCGAUAUCGAGUUCCGCAUUCCUGUGCAGGUGUCAAUUCUCUCAGAAAGACGUGUCAAUGCACCCUACGGUCUUGCUGGUGGCUCCGAGGGUAUGCGCGGUGUCAAUAUCUGGGUCAGACAUGAUCCUAUCACUAAGGAGGUGCGACAUGUUGGCAUGAGCGGCAAGUCCUCUGCUAAUAUGCGUGCUGGUGAUCGUAUCAUUGUCAAUACGCCCGGUGGCGGCGGUUAUGGCAGAGAUCCCAAGGCGAGGGAGCCCAAGAAGCCCAAAGGUGAAUUCCGAGCGCAUGAAAAUUUCCUUAGAAAUCCAGCUUUGUUCAGGGCGUCGGGAAGUGUGGCGAAUAGGCAGGCUUUGGCGGCAUCUAACUAA